AAACAAGAUCAAUCGGGUCAGGUCAGUCCGUACACCAGGUCAGGUCAUGCAGGCCUGCAUGCAGAGCAGAGUGAAUAAGAGGCACGUUUUUGUGAGAAGAAAAUGGCACACAAAAAAGCAAGUGGAUUCUUGCAAAGUGUACUGCAAAAUGGAGUUGGUAGAUAUGUAUGCCAACUGCAAAGAAUUACACUUCAAUUUAGCAAGACAUCUGCAAGCAGCAAGGGAGCAAGGGAUUAUAUUGAACAAGAAGUAAUAGAUUUUGCAAACAAGCACCCUGAAGUUGUUCUUUACGUCACCCCUCACAAUAAGUAUAUACAUCCAAGACUAGUUGCAGAAUAUUUGAAUGGUUCACGGAAUGUAAUAUCAAUCUCAAAUUUUGACAUUGACCAAGUCAAGGAGGCAGUUGAGUUGGCGCGGUGUCAAUCUGGCCGAGAAAUUUUGAGGACUCGAAAACCAUGGCAGACAUAUACGCCAAGUAUACAAGGUGUUUGGAAUCCAUUCCUUAACAAACCUACAAAUCUCAACAUAAGAACUGUUCCAAGUGACAGCCCAACUGAUGUUUUCCCAAAGAAGCAAAUACUUAAAGGAUUCCCAAAGGAAAGACUGGAAGAGUUGGCAGUAAAGGCUGGUUUGUCAUCAACCAAUGUAAAGCCUGAUACCCAGUAACCGAUUGUUUAGAUAUUUGUGGCAUUCAAGCAGUGCGAGACGUACAUGCAACAAUCUGGCUGCCACCAACAGACAAUGUUGCAUAGGAAGUGGAGUUGGAAUCGCUUUAGUCUGUUAAGUGACU